AUGCGUCCAUUGCAAGCCAUCGUCCGCUCGUCCCUUUUUGCCCCCAACGGCCGCAGUCAUCCUUUUACCCCUCCCCCCUUCCAUCAACUAAAGACUGAUUUCACCGUCGCCCCGGCUGUGAACUACGCACCAACACCACCGCCAGUGACCAUCGCGAGCCUGGAAAUGAGCGUGCACUGGACGUGCGAGCAUGUACUCUUUCACAUAGCAACCGGCUGCUUAGCCUACCAGCAAUCAGGGUCUGGAGCCAGCAAUUACAUCAGGCGCCGCCUUGCCUAUUGUGUCAUCCGCUUCCUGCACCUUAAUCGUGAUGCUUCCAUCCUCAUUCGCCAGAAGACCCCGGACCACGACCUCCAUCCUCAUGUUGGACACAGGGUUGGCAAGGCUACCUCACAGCAGCGGCAGAAACGGAAACGCCUGGCGGCUUUGGACAGGGCUCCCACGCCCAUGAUCUCCCGAAUCUCGCCCGUCUCGUCAUCCCUUCAGCUUGGGUUCACCGUUCAGGCCACACGGCACACCAAGCUUGCUACUCGGACCUGGUGCUCCCAAGCAACCACGCCCCCGGAGGCAUACACAGUAUGCCCGAAUCCAGACCUAUUGAUGUUGCCGCUGCAGGCAGGGCACAUCCGCUGCGGCCGACACAGGCGAUGA